CGGAGAGAGGCGGAAGGCGGCCGCCUGGUUGGCCGCCUACGGAAGGCGGCCAGAUUCCGACAGAAGGCGGCCGCCCUCUUGGGCGCCUUCGGUGAAAUUUCUGCUAUAAAUAGCAGGCUUUUUCCCCAUCUCAAACACACCUCUUCCAACCCUAAAUCAGUUCAAAACACCUUCUUUCUUCCUCCAUUUUCGAGCUCCAAAGGUCUUAGAGAGAGAGAAACUUCAAAUCUUCAUAUCUUCUUCAUUUUAGCUCCAAAUUAUGCGAAAGAUGAGUUUGAAGAAGAUGAGUUUGAUGAGUGUGUAUAAGGUACACCAAAAACCUCAGCACAUUAACUUCAAUGCUAUUUCUUUGUACUUGAUGUGGAAAGCUUGAGAAAGUAAGUAGGUUGGAGUAACUCACUACAAUGAUCUCAGACAAGCUCUAUACAGAUGGUGGAUAGGAGGGGAAACACAGUCAACAAGAGGAAUCUUAAGACAAAUGGUCCCAGGAAUCAUCUCAUGGCACAUAUGGAAAUACUACAAUCAAAUGGUGUGGGACAGCAAACCAUAUUCCAUCAAGGGGGCAAUCAAAGAUAUCAAAACACACAUUCAUAACUGGGUCUCGAGCAAUGCAAACAACAAAUUCAUCAAAUUCGAUUCGCAACUACAUGAAGAAGGACUCAUGCCAAAUAUAAGGAAAUCAGGAACAAUCAAAGCUGUGAAAUGGAGCAUUACCUCGGACGCAACCCUCUGCCUCAACGUAGACGCUUCUUUCUCACAGACCUUCAGCGCUGGAGGAGCAAUAAUUCGGGACCGAGGUGGGCAGAUCUUGGACAGCUUCUGUUUUCCAACAUCCUCCACCUCGGCCAUACAUGCAGAAAUCGAAGCUUUAUUAAAAUCAAUUGAAGCAGCAACAUCAAAAGGACUCAAGGGAUUCGAAGUGCAAACUGAUUGUCAGGACAUACAUAACGCAUACCAAGGCAAAACGACGAUACCGGGGUUCAUGAAUUCCAAAAUUCUUAAAAUCAAGGAAUUAUGUAACAUCAACAACCUAAAACUCACCCACACAGUAAGAGAAGCGAAUAGGCCGGCACACUUACUCGCAAAGGAAGGAAGACGAUCAACAAGUUUCUGCCGCUAUGACGAACACACUCUCCCUCCUCAGGUACUGCAAGCUUGCUCGGAAGAUAGACGAGGUCGUCCAUUCUUUAGGGACACGGGCUAAGCAGAACCGGAACUUCAGCUCCUCUGGAACUCCCUCAACGGCGCACUCCAUCUCUUGAACUCUCUGGAACGUUAGAGAGUUUUAAGGCUCCCCACACAUUUUAACGUAUUAUGUUUGUCUGCGGAGAUAUUCUCUCCUUUUGUCCUUCACCGGUCACAAACACAGGCCCAUUUUGAACGUGGGCUUUAUUAGCUGGGCCGGUAAUUUCACCACUUGUAUCUUCACAACAAGUCUUUAAUAAAUAUGGUUAGCGUUUCCCGACGCUAACCCCGUCUAAAUGACGGCUUUUCG